AUCUGGUCGCCUUGACAACAGUCACACGUCCCACAGGCAGUGGCUGUUUAGCUUUUGGUAGGCGUUUGAAGCAAGCACGCUAACUAUGACUGAAGAAGUAGGCGAAAACGUAUUUGACUCUCUUUCAGACAUCGAAAAGCAUUAUACGAUUUUUGCCGGAUCAUCAGAAGACGAUGUGGCAUAUGCAAAGGUAUUCUGGAGCUCACUGUUCUUACAGCCACCGCUAGAGUCCCGCCUCGUUUCUGCUGAUAUAAGACAGCGCUUGAAAGUCGCGAAGGUCCCUCAAACCACAAAUGCAGCCCAUAAACUGGCAUCUUGGCCAGAGACAGAUGAUAUUCAACACAAUACUUACUUGAAGCAAAAGCAAGAGGAGAAGCAGAGAUACAUGGAGAUGGCCAAGAAACGAGACCAGAUUAUUGACCUUCUGAAAAGGCUAAGAAAUGAGAGAAUCAAGAAGGAGAUGAUUUCCCUCCAGCACAAAUCACAGAAGGGUAACCCAGAAAGACUUGCUCCAAAGACCCUUUCGUCACCUCUGGAUGAAGACCAUAAAGAAGUUAUGAAGCUCCAGUAACAUAUUGUGUAAAGACUUGACAUGCAUCUGUGUAAAACGUUUUAAAAUACUAUGAUAAAUAACCAGUUAUUUUACUAAGAGCUUAAUAAUAAUAACAACCCAUAUUUUAUUAGACAAAAAUAUUAUUAAAAUAAGAAUUGGAGAAAAAUAAUACGUAAAAAAGCUAUGUCUAUUGUAAAAUAUGUGAUUUGUUUUCACAUCUACAAAUAAAAACCUUUUGGGCCUGUUAGUUGGUGGCAGCUGA